AUGGAAACAGCGAAAAUUUAUUUUUAAAAACUUUUAAAAGUAAACCCUAUUUAAGGAAAUAACUUAUUUCCAAAAAACAGCAAAUUAUGGAGUUUAGAUUGUUAAGGUGUACGUAUUCCACUUUCAGCUUUAUCCUAAGGUAUUCCUUAAUCUGAUUUACAUAUUUAUGUUAUAACUAAAAAUGCACCAUAAGAUGGAGAUAUAGCAAACGCUAUGACUUGUGCUCAUAACGAGUAACUCUUGAGACCUUCUUUUGGUAGAAUCUAAUUUAAUUUAAGCUAAAUGAGUUAAUAAGAUGACCAUGAAUCAUUUGAGAAUGAUCUCGAAGUAACUAUCCAUGAACUUUUACAUAUCCUAGGAUUUAGUGGAUUUUAAAUGUAAUUUUGGAUAAAUCCUGAGACCGGAUAAUAUUAUGGAUAAUAUGGAUUACCUAAAAUAACAAAAACAGUAAUCUAUAGAGGUUUACCGACAAAAAUAGUUUUCACAAAAAAUAUACUUUUAACUGCAAGAAAAUAUUAUGCUUGCCCUACUAUGGAAGGUAUGUAACUUGAAAAUGAAGGAGAUUCUGGCUCUUUCGGUUCUCAUUGGGAAUAGCUAAUUGUUUAAAAUGAAAUCAUGAUGGCUAGCAAAGUAAUGACAGAUGCUUAAUUAUCAGUUCUUACUAUUGCUUUAUUAAGAGAUACUGGUUAUUAUACUGAAGUAAACGAAAACAUGGCUGAUAACCUUUAUUGGGGUAAAGGAAAAGGAUGUUCAUUUGUAAUUGAGGGAUGUUAUAGUAAACAAAUGUUUAAUGAGUUCCCAUAAUAACUUAAAGUUUAAUGUUCUUUCGAAAAUGAUGGAUAUGGUGAACCUGAAACUACUCCUUACUUAGAUAGAUGCUUGAUGAAAAGUAUUUAUGGCAAUAAAUUGUGUACUUCUUUUAAAAAUAAUUUUUCAAAUUAAGGUCUUGAUAUGACAUUAGAAUAUUAUGGUAUUAAUAGUAGGUGUUUUACCUCUACAAGCAAUAAUAAUGUUGAUUUAUUAAAUGAUGUAUAUAAAAGAUGUCAUAUGCAUUAAUGUUCUGCUGAUAUGAAAACUAUUACUGUUUAUUUUCCUUAAAUUAAAAUGUAAGUUGUUUGUACUAAAGAAGGAUAAUAAAUAACGAUUCAUCCUAGUAGUAAUAAAUUUGGUAAAAUUUUUUGUCCUCGUUCAUUUACUUAAUUCUGUGAUCAUGUUCCUAUGUGUACAAAUCAUUGUAGCUCUGUGGGUGUUUGUGUAAGAGGAGUUUGCUUAUGUUUACCUGGAUGGGGGGGAAUCGAUUGUUCUGUAAAAUGUCUUUAAGUAGUAUUAAACAAAGUAUGUGUAAAAUAAUGUCCUUUAAAUUAAGUAAUAGGUCCUGAUAGAUCUUGUCAAAUCAGCUGUCCAAAUGGUUAUUACAAACAAGGUCAAUAAUGCUUAUAAUGUCAUGCAUCAUGUAAAAGAUGUAAAGGAGGAGCAUCUAAUGAUUGUACACUUUGUUAAUUUUUGUCAUAACUAAAUAAAUAUGGUUAAUGUGUAAAAGUAUAUUGA